AUGUUAUCUGGCGCGAUGCAGGGUGCUCUUUCAACUAAUCUUGAGGGUGUUCUGGGUCGAACCGGCUGGCGAUGGGCAUUCAUCAUUAAUGGUGUCUGCACUAUAUUUGUGGCUUUGAUUGCGUUCAUUCUUCUACCUGGUUUUCCCGAUCGUCCGAAUCCGCUUGCCAAAUUCUACUUAAGGCCUCAAGAUCUCGUGGUUGCGCAAGAACGGACUCGCCGAAUUGGCCGCGAUCCCCAGGUAGGAAUUACCAUCAAGACCUUCCUACGAUGCUUUAAAUUCUGGCAUAUCUGGCUGUUUGCGAUUGCUUGGUCUAUUGGAACAAACCAGACACCUUCGAACUAUUUCAACCUCUGGCUCAAGUCGCUGAAAAACCCCGAUGGAACCCGGAAAUACUCGGUUGCAAUGCUCAACUACUUGCCAAUUGCGGGUCAGGCUAUUCAACUAGUUGCCGAGCUCCUGUUCAGCGGAUUUAGUGAUUAUCUUGGUACUCGGCUGCCAUUUUUGCUUCUCCACUCAACGAUCAAUAUCACAUCACUAAUCAUCCUAGUCAUACGACCUGCAAGUGAGAGUGCUUAUAUGGUCGGUUGGUAUAUGAAUUAUGUUGGAGCGUGA